ACCAAACCAAAAUAAUAACAACAAUGAACCGAGCGAGGCACCGUUGGUUAAUGGCGAAUAAUUCUUCUAAAAACUAAGCUUCUUUAAGACUCGUUCAUCUUCAGAAUAAAUUCCCUCUUCAUUAACCAAAAACUUUCCCAUUCUCUAAACAAGAACCAACCAUCAAACAGUUAGUUCCAUUGCUGCAGCAGCAACCACGCGACUUCGAGGGAGCCGGGACUCGGUUGGUUUUCCAUCUCCAUGGAGGUCGGGAUCGGGGCUACGUCGAGGAGGAGCCGGUUUUCUUCGUACGACCGGUGGGUGGCAGUAGGACUUGGGAUUCUUGCAGUGGUUUCGCCGCUCUAUAUCGACCGGAGACCGAGCUUUGAUGCGGAGGAGGAGGAGGAAUCGUCCAUGAAUCUUGGGUUCUGGUUGCCUGCUCUUCUCAUGACCUUGAUCUUCAUUAUUGCUGGAGUGCUUCACUUGGAACAGAGAUGCGCCAGAUUUGAUGCUUAUUGGAUUCACAGAGUAGGUGGCUCUUCCUGUGGCAUAUUCAUCGUUCUUCUGCUUCUUGCAUUUGUUUUGAAAUGUAAAGCUUCUUUAAUGUUCUGGGACCCUUGAACGCUUAGCUUUCCAAAUUCUUCUCUCUCUGCUCUUAACUUUCAGCAUACCUUUUACUUUCAUCAAUGGAUAGUAAGCUUAGAGUUGAAGAAAUCUAUACCUUUUGCAGUUUU